CCAUCUCUCCCAAACCUUUCCCUCUCCGCGCGCUCGGGCAGGUGAAACCCAGCCCUGCGAUGCCGUUCCUGAGCCCCCUCGCCGGCGACGACGACGAGGACUACUACUACGGCUACGACGCCGGGUACCGCCGCGGCAGCGGCGGCGCGACCGGGAAGAGCGCCAAGAAGGACAAGGGCAUCUUCUCCUGCCUCCCCUGCUUCAUCCCCAUCUCGCCGGGAGCGGUCGACCCGGCGGCGUACCGCCGCCUCCUCUCCUCCGACUCCAGCGACAGCGACAACGUCGGCGCCGUCGACCUCACCGCCGACCUCGCGCGCCUCCGCCUGCGCUACUCCCGCCUCGCCGCCGGCCCGCCCGUCCGCCCGCGCGACGUCCCCGCCCUCAUCGCCCGCCCGGACGACCCGCCGCUCGCCGUCGCCGCGCUCUCCUGGCUCGGCGGCGACCUCCGCCCGUCCUGCAUCCUCCGCACCCUCCUCCCGGCGCUGUUCCCCUCCCUCCCGCCCCACGCCCGCGACGCGCUCUCCGCCGCCGCGCGCCGCCUCCAGGCCCGCGAGGCCGCGCUCGACGGCGAGGUGGCCGAGUACCAGGCCACCUACGCCGUCAAGCUCGCGUGCGAGAAGACCAAGGAGGGCUUCGCCGACACGGCCGCCGACGAGGUCUGCAAGAUGGCGCGCGCCGCGCGCCGGGCCGACAAGCUGCGCUGGCGCGCCGUCGAGGCCGCCGUCAAGGAGGUGCUCGCGCCCGCGCAGGCCAAGGAGUUCCUCAAGGCCAUCGACGACGUCGCCGCCAAGGUCGGCCGCCACGGCACCAGGUGGCACGCGCGCGCUGGGCCCCUCUCGGUGCCCGCCGAGGCCUUCGACCGCAUGCGCGCCAAUGCCAGGGCAGCCGCGGAUGAUGCGUGGUGACCGGACCUCCCGGCAUGCACGCUUCUCUGAUGACUCAAGCCUGGGACUGGGAGGAUUGUUUCUGACUGUUGUUGAAGAGGAGAAUCGGUUGGUGAUGAAUGUCUUUGCAGCUAAUGUUCAGGAGAAAAUCGACGCAUGUACAUGGUGAGCUUCAGAUAGUUUUACUUGACAAAGAGAUGUGUGUUUGCUUCA